GGCGACCGCCAUAUUGUUCGCACUGGUAGAACUCUACAAGUUUUCCACCAAUUUUCAUCGUAUUCUGGCGGUCCUGGCGAGUGCAAGCCUUAGCGGUGUUUUUGAUCAUUUAUUAUUAGCCUCUUGAAAGGUUUGGUAAAUUAUUUUUUACCAUGCUUACGAAAUUUGAAACAAAAUCGGCGAGAGUUAAAGGUAAGGAAGUCGCUCUAUUAUUUCGUGUUCACGGUAUGCAUGACUCCUUGUACAGAAUUACGACUGCCUUCACAUGAAUGUUUUUCAAAAAAAUUAUUUUGAUCCCUUUUCAUCUUAAUCUACUAAAUAAACUUUAAUCUACCGUGGUUAUCCGUGGAAAAUCUCUUGUUCAUGGCUUCUUUUCAAGAAUCAGACGAUCGAUUGGUUCUAAGAUCGAAUAAUUCUUUGUUUUUGGAAGUUUGUUGAAUGUAGUGUAUUGUUAAUUUAAUAUAAUUGUUAACUUAUUGGUCUGUUGAAAGUCGCAUGUUCAGAGGGAAAAAUUCUGUAAAACCUGACCACUGAUUUUGAAAGUUUUAGUCACUGUAUUUUGUGAUUCAAUAAAGUGAUCAUUUGUCAGUAAUGGAGCGAAUUUUGACGGACAGUUAAAAAACUCAAACCAUUCAAUCACAAGGGCCAAUCAGAACGAUGGAAAAUAAUGUGAGAAGCCAAGUAAAAUCAAGAAAACUGCAUAAAACAUGGGAAAAUGCAAGUGACCAGGUUCUAAUUGGUUGUAGUAUUCAAUAUGAUUGGUUGAGAAGGUGUGCAAGUUUUUAGACCUACCACAGAGUGAAUGAAAACAAAACCAUAGAAAUGCCAAUUUACUUUUGAUACUCAUUUGAAAUUUGCCCUAGUGAUAUUUGGGAAAGCUUACUCUAGACUAGUGCUGCAUGAAAACUUGAUUGUUUACUACUUUUGUAGGUUCUACUUUAGACUCCACUGUUUCCAAAAAUUGUUUUAGUGGUAAAAUUAGCUUAUGGUCACCUGAACUUUGCGAAAAUUCCAAGAACUGAGAUAGACAGUGGCGCACUAUAUCACUGUUAGAAGACAUUAGAAUUCCAUGUAAUAUUGACUUCUGCCUUUGUCUUCCAUUAUUUAGGCAUUGCCUUCCACCCCAAGAGACCAUGGGUUCUUGCUAGUCUGCAUAAUGGUGUUAUACAGUUGUGGGACUACCGAAUGUGCACAUUGCUGGAGAGAUUUGAUGAGCAUGAUGGUGAGAACAUAGUGUUUCAAGAUGCAUCCUAAGCAUGUCCUAAGUCUUGUAAUGCAUGUAAUAGACAAUUAAAUCAAAGGAUGAACUAAUCCUAGUGGUGGUGUUUCUUGUUUAUAUAAUGACAGAAAAUAACACCUAAAAAAGCUCAAGAUCUUAAUUGCUAUUGACUUAAUUAUGUUCAAUUUACAAUAUGUUUUAACUAUUUUCACCAUGCUUUGGUUCUAUUGUAGUUAGGUCUUAGUUUUUCCAAAACAGAUUUUAUGUAAAUUUUUCCUUGCCUGCUAUUCAUUUUUCUAGUGUGAAACAAAGGAAUGAAUCAUUAUAUGGAUGAAUCAAAACUUAAAGUAUUUUGAAACACCAUUUUAACCACAAUAAUUUGCCAUAUCUUGUAUAUUAUUUGGUCAAGAUGUAGUACCCUGUUCUUUUUUCUAGGUCCAGUAAGAGGAAUCAAUUUUCAUACCAACCAACCUUUGUUUGUUUCUGGAGGAGAUGAUUAUAAGAUAAAGGUAUGUCUUUUGUGUCUCAUUGAUCUAUGUGAUCACAUCUUUGAAUUAACCUCCAUUGUUUGAAUGUGGCUUAGAGGGGGUGUAUGUACAUUGUAGUGAGUUGGAGUUUACUUGGAAUCAGAAAUAAAUAGGAAUAGAUUUUGGUUUCCGAGUCAUCCUGCAAUGAGUAACUGUCCUAUUCUGUGUCAGUGAUAACACUGCUAGAGUACAAUCCCAUCAUUAUCAUGCAAUUGUUCACUGGACAUAUGUUACUUUUACAGUUUCUACUGUAGUUUCCUUUAAAAUAUAUAUCAAAGCUUUGUUUUGUAUAUUCUGCUGUUUUCAAAAGAGAAAUAAGUGCCUUAUCCCUUUUUGAAUAAGCACCCUUCCUAGAGGUACCAAAAGUAAGUAAACACCCCAGGCACUGAAGUGAGUCAUAAUGGUAUGGCAUUUGAAAGUAAAUUUGAUCUUGGAUUCUUGUAUUGAUAGCUAAAUUCAUAUACAGGGUACAGGGUAUUAAUGUUUAGAUUUGUGAGACAGGGUCAAUAUCAAAGUUUGUUUUCUCACAGAUGACUAUGAGCAUUUUCUUCAACACAGAAAACAGAAAGUAAUCAUUGUUUUUCUUGAAUUAGGUGUGGAACUACAAACAGAAGAAAUGUCUGUUCACUCUGUUGGGCCACUUGGAUUACAUCCGAACAACUUUUUAUCACCAUGUAAGCAAUGCAUGAUAUUAAGAAGUGUACAACUUUGGCAUGGUGCUCCUUUAAUAUUAUAUGUAUCAUUCUAGUUUAGUAGUUUUAUUUAUACCAUUAAGCAUUGUAAAUCAGGGUUGAUAUUGUUACAGUUAAAUUUUUUUGCUUUUUGGUCUAAUAGAUUCAGGGACCAGUACAUGUUUUUGUCAUUUUGUUGGUUAAUGUUAAUAUUUUUUUCACAAUGUCCAACACUCUUUUUAUGUGAACAUGUAUCUUAAUUGACAGGAAUAUCCAUGGAUAAUCAGUGCUUCUGAUGAUCAAACAAUUCGCAUCUGGAAUUGGCAGUCGCGCACUUGUAUCUGGUACUUACUUUUUUGGCCUUAACACAGUAGUGACAUUUUAUGAUAAUUAUCAGUAGGGCCAUGUUAUUCUUGUUGAUUUUUUUCAUCAUUACUUCUCCUUUUAUCCAAUGAUGAAAUUGAUUUUUUGAAAAAGAUAUAAUGUUUGGUAUUUUAAGGUGCAUCAAUCAUAUUUUAAUAAUUGCUUUUAUAUUCUCCAGAACAAAUUUUCCUUCAUCCAAUGAAACAAUGAAAAUUGAUAAAAGGUCAUAAUAUGAAUCAUUUUGUCCUCAUGUUUGUUGCUGCACUGUGCUAGUAUUAUAUUUAGUGUUCUGUAUGUAGAUAUAUGAUGUACAGGACAAAAUUAAUAAAAUACAAUAAAAAAUAAAUAAUGGAAUUGAUAAUCAUUUUCUCCUACAGUGUUCUCACAGGACAUAAUCACUAUGUGAUGUGUGCUCAGUUUCAUCCUGCAGAAGACUUGGUUGUUUCUGCUUCGCUUGACCAAACAGUAAGAGUCUGGGAUAUUUCAGGUGGGAACUGUUGUUAUUACUGGUCCUUUUUUUAAUUGCCUGUAUUGGUGUAGUAUGAUAAAAAAGUAAGGAGAGAGGGAAUCCCUACACAAUUUUUGGUAUCAGAUUAAAAGUCUUGUCAUUCUUCUCUUGAUAGAACAGAAGGGAAUCUUAUAAAAAAGGGUUCUGAUUUGAUCAUCACGACAACUGCAAUUACUUUUUUUACAAGCUCAUCAAGUUGUCAACUUUAAAAUUUAAGGCCUUAGAAAGAAAACCUGUGCACCUGGAGCAAGUGGACUAGAAGAGCACUUAAAAACUCCUGGCCACACAGAUCUAUUUGGACAGUCAGAUGCUAUUGUUAAACAUGUACUCGAGGUAUGUGGAUAUGUACAAACUAAUCAGAUUUCCAUGCCUGUAUUGUACAUGUAAAGUUUCAGAUUAUCGGAACUUACUCUGGAAAGGUAAUUUGUUUAUUAUAAGGCAAUUGAGCACCAUUUAUAAUACAUGGAAAAAAAAAGCUGUUUGGAAGUUGUUAGUAAAGAUUACUAGUUGCUAAGAGGAUCAUUUUAAGAAUUGGGAAAGGGAGGUAUCUCCAUGAAUAAAAAAACAGAAGGAACCACUGAACAGAAUAUGCUAAUAUGCCUUCUUUGAAAACCUUUCCUAUGUGUAGCUGUGCAAGGGGUCUAAAGAGAUAACUUAAGAUCCUGUUAGACAUGUAUGUGUAUUGUCAGCCCAUGGGAAUGAAUCUUUUUCAAUAUAGGGGAGCUUCCACCGUACCUGUUGCACUGGUUUGUUGUACAAUAAAAUGCCAGGGGGGUUUUCCUUCUGGUGAGUCUGGUCGAGACUGAUUCCAGAAAGUUCAUGAAACAGACACACUGUAACUGUAUUUGAAUUACCACAUUUUAAGGGACAGUAAUCUUGUCAAUCUUGAGCCAUUGUUUGGAAUUAUCAGUUUGUCAAAUAGCAGAGGAAAGGGGAGGGCUGAUAUUCCUGUACUCUUGUCAAAUUAAAGGUCUCAUUGUGCUCUGUACUUAGGGUCAUGAUCGUGGUGUCAACUGGGUUUCUUUCCAUCCCACCAUGCCACUUAUUGUGUCUGGAGCUGAUGACAGACAAGUCAAACUGUGGAGAAUGAAUGGUAUUAAAGUUUGUUUUGUUCUCUAGUAAAACAUUUCAAAUACUCAGAUUUGAUCAAACAUUCAUGUAAUUUGCACUAUGUAAAUUGUAGUUGUCAAUUAUGAAAAUAAUCAUUCCAAGGAGUGUUAUUUAGCCAUGUGUUGAUCAGUGUUACGAGAUAUUUUAUUUUUUGUUAAUUCUAGACUCCAAGGCCUGGGAAGUAGAUACAUGCCGAGGACACUACAAUAAUGUAUCAUGUGUAAUGUUCCACCCUAGGCAAGAGCUGAUUUUGAGUAAGUAUGCUAACUAAAUAUUGAUGUCCUGUACAGUUGUUAAAAAUGUUUUUUUACAGUAGUUGAAGUACUGUUAUAUGGUGAAGUACAAAUGUUCUCAUGGUGUCAAAUUGCUCAAAAAAAUUGGGGUUUUUUUCCUUUUGUCUUAUAUUUGUCAUACAGUAAUAGUCUGAAAUAAAGGAAACAUUAAAUUAAACUGUUUGUAAGAUUUAAAACCAAGAAAAUUAAAAUUUGAACUGCAAAAUGAUUGAUGCAGCAAAAUAGGAGCGAAAAAGUCAAUUUAAUUGAAAACUGUACUCCUUUUGAAACAAUGUUAGGUUUAAGUCAGCAUGCACUAUAUGUUGUGAGCGUACAGUUGUCUCCUGCUUUCUCUUAGUGCUAUUACUCUUAAAAAAUUUCUCCUCGUCUUUUCACAGGCAAUUCAGAAGACAAGAGCAUCAGAGUUUGGGACAUGUCAAAGAGGUGAGAAGUUCAUCUUAAGAUGAGAUGUAGUGGCAUGAUGUUCUCACAUGUAUACUAGGUAGUGAGACCUGCAAAAAAUCUGGAUCAUUUUGCAUGUGUCAAGUAUAUUUAUUAUGAUUAGACUGAGUUCACUUUUACAUUUUUAGAACUGGAGUUCAAACAUUCAGGAGAGAGCAUGACAGGUUCUGGGUAGCAGCUGCUCAUCCCACACUCAAUCUAUUUGCUGCAGGUAUGGUUCUGUCACUUGUGUUUUAGCAGAGAGUAUUUCCCCAACAUUUUCUUUUCAUUGUACUAAAGUAGAUAAUAUGAAUGAAAUAGAGCUUGCCCUUUGGGAUUAGAUUGGAAUGUGGGCUUGCAAAGGCUUUGCUCAGUGGGUAAGUGCAUAAAAAGUACCUUGUAUGGCAGAGAAAUUCAUCUGCACAUCUACCGUGGGGUACUUACAGUGUUCUUUAUGAUUGAGAGCUGUUCGUUUCCUUCCAGGCCAUGAUAGUGGAAUGAUAGUCUUUAAGUUAGAGAGGGAGAGGCCAGCUUAUGCAGUUCAUGGAAACAUUCUGUAUUAUACAAAGGUGGGUCAAAAGAGAACAGAGAAGAAAGAAACAAACAAAUUAGAAAACAUUUUACCUUCAGUAUGCUGGACACUUACAAGUACAGUAACAGGAAUAAAUAUUUAUGCAUGGUUAUGCCAUUGCCAGUCCUUUAAGUGAAGUUGCUGAGGUAAAAAAGAUCUGUCCUUUUUCAUUACAUGGAUAUCCACUCCUAAGCUUAAGAUUUUUCUAUGUUAUUAAGAAAGUUAUUAUUUUGUAGGAGAGAUAUCUGAGGAUGUAUGAAUUUGGAACCUCUAAAGAUGUGCCAGUCAUGCAGUUCAGGAGGUACAAACCAUUUUCAAUUUUGCUUAACUGGACCUACAUGGUUGUAUUUUGUUUGUUGUACAUAUUACUUUUUAUGCACACUGAUAUAUUUUUACAAUUCUAGGAACUCGUCUCGCACUCCUGUGUAUAGCAUGUCAUACAAUCCUGCAGAAAACUGCGUUCUUAUCUGCACAGUAAGUUUUCCAUCAGUAUGAAUAGUCAUGUGCAUGGUAAAAGUGUUGCAUCUAUUAAAUAUUUUAUCUGUGGGAAGAAGUGUCUUUGUUUUGCUCACAAGGGGUUACCCAAGGAAACAAUUUCAUUUUACAUGACUGGAAUGCAAAUGUUAUGCAGGUGAAUAUUCUUAACAUCUGCAUAUGCUUUUUCUUUUUUUUACCUAAAAUUGAGAAUUUAAUUGAAAUGUGCAUGUUUAAAACAAAGAACCGUGAAAUUUACAUUGUUGAGUGAGCGGGUUGUGAGAAAUGCCUUUGGAAAACAGAGUUUGACAGUUCACCAACAAGUGUGAAAUAAUUUGUUUACUUUCUUUCAUGUUAGAAUGCAAGCAAUCCAGAGAACUGCGUUUAUGAGCUGCAUGCAGUUCCCAAGGAUAUUGACAGUAGCAACCCAGAAGGUAUGCAAGUAACAUUUUCAUUUUUUCAGAUUUCUUUUAAUUUGGAUGUAUGAUCUGCAUUAGAUAUAGCAAAUAGCUAAAAUCUUACUCCCCACAAUUUUAUAACUGACUGUUGAUAAUGUGCUUUUUUUUUUUCAAUUUAGUAUCUGAGGGCAAAAGAGCAUCAGGAUUGACUGCAGUGUGGGUGGCACGCAAUAGAUUUGCUGUCUUGGACAGAACACAUACUGUAAGAAUUAGAGAAAACUAUUAUGCAUUUAUCAGUAGCCUGCAGCACAGAAAACUGGAUCUGCAGGAAGAUUCAAAACCCUGAAAUUAGGAAGUCAUAUGCUCUGUGACAUACUUUUCAUUGACAUAAAUUUGUUUCCUUGACCAGCUAUUGAUCAAAAACCUGAAGAAUGAAGUAACAAAGAAGGUCCAAACUCCUGCUUGUGAUAUGAUCUUCUAUGCUGGCACUGGCAGUUUGCUAUUAAGGGACACUGACUCUGUCACCUUGUUUGAUGUGCAGCAGAAGAGGUACAGUAUUUUUAGAAAUACACUUGUAGUAAUUAUACUUUCUUGGAAAUACAUGUACAUGUAGUAUGACUUGUGAAUCAAAUGUAUCCCACCCAUUGUUGUGAUCAGUUUGUGUUACCAAAACCUGAUGAACUUUCUGCCUCCAAGGGCAGGCGUGGUUUUGGUGUCUGGAAUCCUACUGAAACAAAGAAUAUACUUCAUAUUUUCAUCUUUGAUUUCUCUCUUUUGGCAGGUCCUUGGCUUCUGUCAAAGUGAAUAAGGUGCGAUAUGUGGUCUGGUCAGCUGAUAUGGCUCAUGUGGCCUUGUUAGGAAAACACGGUGAGUCUGAAUUUAUCUUUAACAUCAUGCCAGUAACUUAAAAGGGUCAACAGAACAUGUAUGAUUGCAACUUUCAAUGAAUUUUUUAAAAUUUUCUCAUUUUAUUGUGUUCCCAGUUGUUGCAAUUUGUAAUAGAAAACUGGAGUGUCUUUGCACUAUCCAUGAAAACAUCCGUGUGAAGAGCGGGGCAUGGGAAGAAAAUGGUGUUUUUGUCUAUACCACAAGUAACCACAUCAAAUAUGCACUAAUAAAUGGGUAAGUAUGCAAUUUGGGUGCCUGUUUGUUAUUUUGUAUAGUUAAGAGCCAGCUCUACAGUACAUGUUGGCAGUCACUUUACCUCGAUGGGUAGCUCAUUUGUACAAAUGAAACAUACAAUUACCUAUUACAGUAACUAUGACUAUUAUUUUUUUGUCUUUAACAGAUUUGAAAUCACCUAAGUUUUGUAUUGUACUUUAAUCUGGGUUCCUCCCUUCUGUUAACACAAUCUAAUGAUUGUUCUACAACGCACACAUGUACAUGUGUAUUAGUAUGGAAACAAAACUACUAAUCUGUAGUAUCCUAUAGCUUGUUUUCCAUUGGGGUGACCCAUUCUUUAAUGGGACCAGUCUUUUCUUGCAUAAGUUUAGAUUUGAGUAAAUGUGUCAGUUCUAACAGAUGUAGGCAAGUAAGACAAAACAUUUUUGUUUAUCUUUUGUUUUGAGGGGGCCUAAGUGAAGGCAAGUGGAAAAGAAAAGCUGCUUGUCCCAGAUAAUGGGAUCUUUUUUAUUAUUUCUAUUUUUUUUGAGCCAAGCGUAGAAUUUGUCACUUCAUAGGGAGGAAAUCCAACCAGUGUUAGUUGCAAUUUAGAGAUCAUUAUUUGCAUCAUUGCAAUAGUUGUCUGAUACUUUCUCAUAUUCUAGUGACCAUGGUAUCAUUCGUACACUUGACCUUCCCAUCUAUAUCACAAGAAUCAAGGUGGGUUCCUCAGCAUUUGAAUGUGUCUUAGAAGUGGUAUUCAUGUUAGGUAUUUUAAUUGUUGCAGUCUGUGGUUUUUAGAAAUAUAUGUCUUAUACAGAUUAGUUAUGUACUAUUAGAAAAGAACUGAUGUUAGUUAAUAGUACUUUAACCUAUUCUUAUUUAUAUUUAUUUUCUAGGGGAGCAGUGUGUACUGUCUUGAUCGUGAGUGUAAAACCAGAGUUCUUGGAAUUGACCCUACAGAGUUCAAGUUUAAAUUGGCUUUGAUCAAUCGCAAGUAUGAUGAGGUAGGCUGGACUGGUUUUGGACACACUUAUGAUUACUUUUCAACAUGCAACGUUCUGGUUUCAUGUAAAUACCCUCUGUAAGUUAGUUUUCUGUCUAUUCUUUCCAUAGGUUCUACACAUGGUGCGAAAUGCCAAACUGGUGGGACAGUCUAUUAUUUCUUACCUUCAAAAGAAAGGUUAUCCUGAGGUAAGAAACUUUAAUUUCCUUCUCAAAAUCAAUCGCCAGUCUGGCAUGGGGCAUUUUAUAAUGGUUUGUUAAUGGCUGACAGACUCAGUACAAUUUUUUUUUUUUAAUGCAGGUUGCUUUACAUUUUGUCAAAGAUGAAAAGACCAGAUUUGGACUGGCCUUAGAAUGUGGUAACAUUGAGGUAUGUUAUACAAGGGGGAUAUUAAGUGUGGCUGUGCAUUCUGUUGUAGAGAUUUUUUAACCUUAUGAUUUAGUUGGGUCAAGUUUACAAAACCAGGUAACAGGUUGGUAACAGAUUACAAACAUUCAUGUCUGCAGUCUUAAAAAGAAUAAUACUGUUCCCUAGCUUUGGAAGUUCACUGAGCCUUGCCCUCUGUCUCUCUUACUACUAAUAUGCACUGCUGCUGAUUUAUGUGCAAUGUACAUAUAGAAUACUAUUAAAAAAAUUACAAUUGUGCCUGAAAUGUAAGAGAUUUUUUGUGAUUUUUACUCACAGGUAGCCCUGGAGGCAGCUAGAAGCCUUGAUGACAAGGUGUGUUGGGAUCGAUUAGGAGCUGCUGCUCUGACACAAGGAAACCACCAGGUAUGUGUCACAGAACAUGUGUGUCUUAGUUUCUUGUACAGUAAUCUAGGUUGCACUGAAGGCAUGCGUUGCUCUUUAGUUAGUUCCACUAUGUUAGCGUCUUAAAUCUAAGAAACUGGUGUCCAGGCUCAAUGUGGAUUGGCAAGUUUUAAUUGUCAUCAUAACAAGUUCAUAUAUGAGUCACUGCUGUUUCCAGUUUGAUCAUGAUAGACUGAUUAGACUUUCUUGGCUUGCUUUGCUGGUUUUAUCACACUGGGGCCUCUUGCUUUAAUAUUUUAAUCUUCCUUAAUGAAUAGAGUAGUCUAUACUUAAUGCACAGGAUGAGACUGGUUUCUUUGGAAUGCUUAGGGCUUUGUAUAUGGCUGUGUCAAUGAAAAUUAUGAUGUUAUACUUCAGUUGUUUUCAUUAAUUUUCUUUUGCAUUUUAUUCAACAGGUAGUAGAAAUGGCAUAUCAGAGAACAAAGAACUUUGACAAGUUGUCUUUUCUUUAUCUUAUCACUGGCAACCUUGAGAAACUUGCCAAGAUGACCAAAAUUGGUGGGUGUGCUUUCUGAGUUUGACAUGCUGUUUGUUGCUUUGUAGUGCACCAAUUUAUAAAUGGAUUCUAUUUGUGAAUUAACUGAUUUUUGGUUUUGCAUGUAGCUGAAAUCCGUAAGGACAUGAGCGGCCAAUACCACAAUGCAUUGUACACUGGUGAUGUGGAGGAGAGAAUCAAGAUCCUGAAGAGUCUUGGUCAAGGUAAAUUAAAUGGCUAAAUGUGUUUUUAUAAUCAGUUUUCUGGCUGAAAUGAGGUCUUCAGUGUCCCAGGAAAAAUGACUGGAUAAAUAGUGAAUGACAAGCCUGUUUGCAAGAUGAGGAUAUUGGUAAUGAUAUUUCUGGGACUGUAAUGGGACACCUGAUUAUUUUGUCAAUGUAAAGGUAAAUAAUUACUGCCAUUUAAUGUUAUUUUCUUUAUUUGGACUCUUCUCAAAGGAUCCUUGGCAUACUUGACAGCUGCUACUCAUGGGCUUGCUGAAGAAUGUCAGGAAAUAAAAGAUACCUUUGAUCUUGAUCCAGAGACAGUAUGUAGAAUUUGAUAUAUUUCAACAAUUCUGAGUUUCUUAUUUCUAUGCUUAAGACUUAAGAGAAAUGCAUGUUGAAGCCACCUUGGUUGUACAAUGAAGGCCACCAUAUAUUAAAUCCCUGCAAAAGAGAAUGAAACAAGUUCAAGAUGAUUGGGGAUUUAUGUAACUUUUACUGAAUUAAUGAAAAAUGUUCUCCAACGAAAGAAGAAGUUUGAGUUACCUGAGUUGAAGUUAGCAAAGUAUGGCAAUAUACAGGCACUACCAGUAAACUAUUUAUAGAAAAAAAAUUCUGUACUAUCAGUGAUUUAUGAUCUCAGAACCAAAUUUCAUUCACACUUUUUAUUUAGCUUCCAGCUGUGAACCCAAAUGCCAAGUUAUUACAACCACCAGCACCAAUCCUUCAGAAUGAGGGUAACUGGCCCUUACUUACUGUGGCAAAGACUUUCUUUGAAGGAGCCAUGGCUGCCAAAGGUAAAAUUAGAACCACAUGGAUGUUUAUACAUUAUGUAGAGCUCUUUAGUUCUGUGUUUAAUAUGUAAAGAUGAAAAUGCUAAUUGAACAUAAAUUAACUUUGACUGAUAGCUGGUGGUGGAGCUGCAGCUAUGGUGGCUGCAGAUCUGGAUGAAGGUGCUGGAGAUGGCUGGGGAGAUGAUGCAGCGCUUGUGAUUGAUGAAGGUACAUUGUACUUUAUUUGGGAGUUAUUCAUAGUCAAAUGUGCCAGCUAUGAUCCUCCAUCCUGAUCAUAUGUAAAUACAUUUUAUCAUAUUAGAAGGAGGAUUUGGUGAGGAAGGCCCUGAUGGUGACAUCCUUGGGGGAGAUGAAGAAGGUGGCUGGGAUGUUGGAGAUGAAGAUUUGGUGCUUCCACCUGAUUUGGUAAGUUUUAACCAAGUCCUGCCUUCAGCUCUUUAUUAUGUUUAUUGUGAAAUGUAACUAAACUAAGAUAAAAUAUGGUCAUGUUUUGUUGCAUUUAUUUCACAGGAUGUUGGUCCUGUGUCUGGUGCAGGAGAUGAAGGUUACUUUGUGCCUCCUGUCAAGGGAACUAGCCAGUCCCAGGUAAUUUCAGAACACUCUUGACUAGCAUAAUUUUGGUGAUAUUGUAAAAUCAGGCCUUUUAUCUAAGUCAGAUUGUUGCUGAACAGAUUUUUAGUGAUGUAAAAAGAUAUAUAAAAGUAAUUUGCUAAUUACCAAAUACAUGCAAUUUAUUUUAUGAUUAACUUGAAAAUGACUUUUUGAAAGCUUGGUGGUUAUUUCCUACAGGUGUGGUGCACUAACUCCCAACUUGCUGUUGAUCAUGUCCUGGCUGGGUCAUUUGAAAGUGCUAUGAGGGUAAGUAGUAUAAUCAUGUUUUUUUCUUUGAAAAUUUUCUCACACACCAUGGACUGUUAUACCAGUAAAAAUAAAGGAAAUUUUAUGUUGUGUGUUAUAAUUCAGUUAAUUGCUGCGAGUCCAUGGUGUUGCCAGUUUGAUCAUAAUUGGCUGGUGCAAGUUCCUUGACUCGCUAGAUGAACUGAGAGUCUUCUCACUCACCUGGUUUGUUUUUUCAUAACAUGCUUGGUCUUCUGGCUUCAACAUUAUACCUUUUCCAUGUAGUAUUCUUUGUACAGUUGGUAGAAAGGGCUCAAAUUUAUUGAUUUAUUGAAGAAGCAGCAUAAAUGUAAAUUCUUUUCAUUCUCAGCCUGAGCCUUUUUUUUUCCUACAUGUUAGACCCACUACUGAGUUAUUCUUCAGAACAUUCAUUUAAGACUAUACUAAGAGGCUCAAUUAUGUGACCAUCAUCUUUUUCAAAAUGGAUGUGGAGGUGUAAUCAUGAUUUUAAAAAUUAAAGCUAAGAAUUUGCAAGAAGCUUAACUCUGCUUCAUCCAAACCAGCUUUUACUGACCUCUAUGCACUCCUUAAUGAGAGAUUUUUCUUGAUUUUUUUUUUCCAAUUUCUGUGUGCACAGCUUCUUCAUGACCAAGUAGGUGUAGUCGUGUUUGAACCAUACAAGCCACUGUUUAUGCUGGCCUUUGGUCGUGGAAGAACUGCACUUCCAGGCAUGCCUGGAGGGCCACCAUUGCUGGGGCAUCCUCACAGAAACUGGUGAGCUGUUUGCUUUGGACUGAGCUCUGUUGAGAAUUGAACUCUAUUAAAGAUUAUUUUAUUUUAUUUUAACACAUACCAGAAGUAAAUUGUGCUCAUUUCCUUUAGUUUUAGAAAUGAGGAAAUGUUUCCCUGUCGAUUUUGUCUGUUUAUGUAGAUGUGUGAAACCAGAGAAGAGUAUAUACAGAUCCUCCUGUACAUAUAAUGCGUCUUUGAGGCCAUUAUUGAUAAUCUUAUUUGGUUUUGUAGGAGAGAUGCUGGAGCUAAAGGUGGCCUUCCUGCUGUGGGAUUGAAACUGAAUAUGCUUGUACAACGUUUACAGGUGAGGGCUACCCACAGUGACUUCGUUAGCAUUGCUACAUAGCAUAACUUAGCUAUUUUACAUCCUUGCUUCUUUAGGUAUAAUUAGCUAGGUUACUAAAUGCUUCUUCUGUGUAGUAUGUGAGCAUGCUUUAAGUUUUGUUAGGCUGAUCCUCUUCUUCAGGGAAGGGAGAUACUGGAAGAGUAUGUUCUAUUUUCAAUAACAGUGAAAACUUCUCAAGUCUUCCUGGCUCUGGUGUACCACCAAUAUUGUUUUUUUCUUUUUUUUCACUUUCUGAACAGGCUGCUUACCAGUUGACAACAGGAGGCAAGUUUCAGGAAGCAAUCUAUAAACUUCAAGCCAUUCUCUUGAGUGUUACUCUGCUGGUUGUAGACAGUAAGCAGGAAAUAAGUGAGGCACAGCAGCUGUUGGGAAUAUGUCGAGAAUACAUUGUUGGACUGCAAAUGGAAGUGAAAAGAAAGGAAUUACCUAAGGUGAACAAGAAGCUUUUUUUUGGGAUCAUUUCUUCUAGUCAUAAUAUGUUUAGAGUGGUCAAUUCCAUUACAUUACUCUAAGGGUGUUCUUUCUUUCCGCAGUCCACCCUUGAAGAGCAGAAACGGCUUUGUGAGGUUGGUUUUUUGUUAUGGCUUAUUCAUCCUUAUGUAAUAUAACCUCCUGGAAAGGACAACAAAGUUCAUUUUAGUCAUCAGAAGCUUACUGCAAGUGUUUGUGUUAUUGUAGAUGGCAGCAUAUUUCACUCACUGCAACCUCCAGCCAGUACAUCAGAUACUUACUCUUAGGACUGCUGUCAAUCUUUUCUUUAAGGUGAGACCAUGCAACUCUUUGACAUACAAUCAAAUUAUUCAUGGGUACUCUUUCUGCCUUCAUAUGUUAAUGUUACGGUUUGUUUACAGUUAAAGAAUUUCAAAACAGCUGCGUCCUUUGCUCGUCGCCUGUUGGAACUAGGACCACGUCCAGAUGUGGCUACCCAGGUUUGGAAAUGAUCACUACUUCAUCACUUUUUCUAAUUUGAAGCAAGCUUUCAAAUGUGUUUACCAAUGAUAUGAUGGUAUGAUGGUAUGAUUUCAUUUGUUAGAUUCGCAAGAUCCUCCAAGCCUGUGACAAGAAUCCUACUGAUGCACACGUUCUUCAAUAUGAUGAGCAUAACCCUUUCACCAUCUGUGGAGUAUCUUACAAGCCUCUCUACAGGUUGGCAGUUUAUGGUGUCCUUAAGUGGAACUUCUUCUCCAUGUGAUCAUUUUUUAAACAAAGCAAUAUAGCUUUCUUUGUUAGUAACCUCUGAUUUCCUGCCCCCCAUGGUGCAUUAGUUUUGUAACUGUUAUUCAGACUGGGUGUGGCUUGCACACAUGCUGAGUGGUGUUUAUUGUUGGAUCUUUUUUGUCAUCAUAGGGGAAAACCACAAGAGAAGUGCCCUCUUUGUCAAGCUUCCUAUUUGCCUGAGUACAAAGGAACAAUUUGCAAUGUCUGUAAGGUAAGGUUUACAGCUUACCUUGGCUGUUUGUUUAUUAAAUGAAGGGGAUAUUCAAAACAUACCAAGGCUUGUCAUCCCUGCACAAAUGUUCUCUCAGUUUUUGUAGGGUAAGGUUUGGGGAAGGAGGAAUCAGAUGUCUGUCUCACAGACUGUAGAGUGCUUGCAAUGAGUGAGGAGAAUGAAGAUCUAAUCCAAAGAUUUUUGUGAUCAGUGGGUUCAAAUUUUACUCAUUUUUCUUUUUUUCUUGUAGGUUGCUGAGGUUGGAAAAGAUGCCAUCGGCCUAAGAGUCAGUCCAUUACAGUUCAGAUGAAGAAUAUGAAGGAACAGCAGAUCCCUAUCAUUACCAGGAGAAAUAAAUGCAUUUUUUUAAACAAGACCUCCCAUCUGCUUUUAAAGGAAGAAUUCAAGGUCAUUUUCCAUUUGAAAAGAAAAUGAGCAAAAACAGUCAUAUAGUCGAAGUACCUUGAAAAAAUGACAAAUUAUUCCUUUAAGAGGUUGAAAAAUGAUUUAAACUGUAACCUUGCCUCAAGGUUUUGAAACAAACAUAUUUCGUGCAGUUAGAAAAUUAAAUAAGUUCAGUUCAUUUCUUGACAAGGUAGAUAUAAGAACAAACCAUCGUAGGAAUCGUAGAUGUUCUAGGAAUUUUAUAGUGUUAAGAUUUCAAGUAGCAGUAAUGUAUAAAUCACAAAAACAUCCAUCAUUCAAUGCCAUUAAAAGCAUUGGAACUAAAUAUAAGGCUUUGUGUUUAUAAAGAGUUGUUUGGAAUAUUCCAGAGUUGGGUGGCAAAAAUCAGGGCUGAAGACUAAUAAAAUAUAAUCUUUCUAAUUGAUGGGUUAAUCAUUUGUUGUCUGGGUUGUGAUGCAUUUUAUUAGCAAUGGCUUUAGAGAGGUCAAUUAAUAUCAGGGUGAGACUAACAGUUUUCAAAAUUUCCUAAAUCCUGGAGUCAAAGGGCAGUAAAUACUGGACAGGAAAAAUAAGAUUCAAACAGCAACCAUCCAGUUAUCAUGGGCACUAACUUAAAGAAAUUCAAAACUAGUUAAUCCUGUGGUUGGUCAAAGUACUCUAUCAAAGACCAAAGUGGUGGAGAUGCUACCCUUCACACUUUAAAAUGUUCAUUAGAGACCUG